AUGGAUCCUUCUCAAGAGCUCGAAGAUCUCAGCACCCGCCUGCGAACCUGCAGCAUCAACACUCCUGCCGUGGCCUCACUUCCACCGGUCGCAAGAACCCACUCACACCGAAGCGUGUCCGCACCCGCCUUUCUCACCCAGCAACAACCCGCCGCACCUCAUGAACAACCGGGCGGCGGCCCCGACGUCGACACGGCGGUCGGAGACAUAUCCAAGAUCCUCAUGCAACUCAGCGUCCUCCAACACGUCAACGACUCGGAGCGGCUCUACGCCGAGCUCCUGCGGCAGGCGUGGGCCACUUACCGCGCGCGCGGCCUCUCGCCGGCGCAGUACCGCACGCUGGUCGACGCGGAGAGCGUCGUGCGGAGGCAGAGCCUCGCGAGCCUGAUGUGGGAGAUCGACGCGAAGAGGGGUAGUCUCAUGGGCACGGAAGGCGAGGGCGAGGUCGAAGAGAUGAUGAGGGAGUAUGAAGAGCGGGAGAGGGCGCUGAGGCAGAGACAGGAGAUGCUGUUGAGUGUGCUGCCGGAAGGCGAGAGGGAAGGAGAGAGGUGGGAGCCGCAGAGUGAGGAGGCUCGGGUGAAUUCGGUGACGGAGGAGGAAAUGGCGGUAUUGAUGCAGAAUCUGGAGGAGAGAGAGAAGGAGAUGCUGCUGAAGAGGGGAGGGCUGGUCAGGCAGCCUCAGCAUCAUUUGAAAGCAGACUACAGGAAGCAGUAG